AAAUAAUUUGACUGUAGCUGGUAAUGAUGAGAGGAGUACUAAUUGGAGCACUAUUAGUGCUGGGAGUCAGCUCAGUAGCUGUGCAGAUCAUAGACCCAGCUAAGUGUACGCUUUGUAAAGCAGCUGUGUCCGAACUCAAGGUUAUAAUGGACGACAAGGACACUAAAGAUCUGCUGGGCGUGUUGAAGAAGGUAGUGUGCGCCAAUGUGCCCAUACAGGACUGUGAUAACUGGGUAGAUAGUGAGUUGUCCCAGUUAGAGAGUGUGGUUGAGGCUCUGGAUCCUGGCACUGCCUGCUCUCAACUUGCUGUGUGCGCUACUACCAUGGCCCCUCUUCAAGACUCCAUACAGUGCGAGUUCUGUGAGUUCCUGGGGGAUGAGGUGGUGAAGAGAGUGCUAACUAACGCUACAAUAGACGAGGUAGUGGCUGCUACUGAGAAGGUGUGUAGUGAGCUCCCCUUCGUUUCUAAUGAGUGUAGUGCACUGGUCAAGGAGUACGGACACUUCUAUCUCGACCUGCUUGUAGGCUCGAUUGAUGUGCAGCAACUCUGCUCGAAGAUAGGACUCUGCUCUCAACAAGUUAGGGACCUCAUAGAAAGUACAGAGCUAUUCCAGGUAAUAAGGAAGGGUCUCCAGGACGAGGAGGGCUGCAAGGCUUGUACUGAUGGUAUGGAUGUGGUUCAGACUAUCCUGACCUCCAAGGAUACGCUGGAUCUGAUACACAUUGCAGUACACGAGAUAUGUGGCCUAACGACCGUAGCCUUUUGCGAGGUUAUCGCGGACACCGCAAUAGAUCAGUUCCUUGACAAACUAAUUCCCAUGUUCAAUCCUGAUGCUAUCUGCAAGCAGAUCGGGGCUUGUCCCGCCCCACAAGCAGUGACCUCUUUAGUCGGGGACGACUCACCCCUCUGUGCUGGCUGUCAGGACCUGCUAGGAGAAGUGAAGAAAGCCGCUAAUGACCCGGAAACAAUCGCCAUUAACAAAGACCUAGCUCCCGUUAUCUGUGAGCUGAUUUCUAUUCCUUUCUGUAACUCACUCAUCACCAAGCUCCUCGAGGGGACCCUGGUUAAAGCACAGAACCUAGACGUAGAGGGGACAUGUGUGGCUCUGGAUGCUUGUCCAGGAUCAGUAGUAGGAGUGGGGGAUGUGUGCUCAGAGUGUGCUGAGAUAGCUGACCUUGUUAUAAAGGAGCUACAGGACCCGACUGUGCAGCAGCAGAUAGAAGCAGUGCUGGACGAGGCGUGUUCUAUCCUGCCCAUACCGGACUGCAAGGAGACUCUACACAGCUACAUGGUCACCAUAGAAACACUCAUCUCAGGGAUGGACGGUAAAACUGUAUGUGGCUACGCUGGCCUGUGCAGCUCCAACCAGGAGACAGUGAGCAGCUACCAAGUUAGCAGCAGUAACCUAGACAACCAGGAGACAGUGAGCAGCUACGAAGUGAGCAGCAGUGUAGGAGACACGUGCUCAGAGUGUACCAUGAUAGCAGGGGAGCUGAUAACCCUUCUAGAGAACCAGCAGGUAGACGCUCUCUUAAAAGAGGCCAUCUCCGAGAUUUGUACUGUUCUUCCCAUCUCUGACUGUGAGACCACUCUAGACGGCUAUUUCGACCAGCUCGUCGCUCUUCUCAAAAAUCUGGACGCUAGAACUCUCUGCAGUCUUAUUGGACUCUGCUAGAACUCUCUGCAGUCUUAUUGGACUCUGCUAGAACUCGCUGCAGUCUUAUUGGACUCUGCUAGAACUCGCUGCAGUCUCAUUGGACUCUACUAGAA